GUGUCACCAUCACCAGGCCCCAUAAACAAAAAGAGACGAAGUUAAGAUUUCCGUUUUAUUUUAUUGAAAUUAAAAUGGUAUUAUGAACGUUUUCGCCAAAGAUAAUUACAUUAUUAAGUAUGCAGUAUUAUAAAUUAGGAAUUUGUUAGAAUUAGAAGCUGAAACGUCGAUGUCAGUCCGAUCAAACGCUCCAACUAUGCCGAAUAGAGAGAGCAAUAGGGGUCAAACCCUAGAAAGUAAAGCUGCAUUGAGUCCUGUUCAACAUGUAUCUAGUGCAAAACCAGCUGGAGUCCCUUCAAAAAUUGUCGCUGGAAAGACUAUAAAAGAAACUGCUAUGUCGCCAACACCACCACCUCAAAAUACAGACCCGGAGAGAACGGAACUGCUGGGAUCACUUACUACGGAACAGCAGCAACGUACCAGCGCCAGAGUCAUAAAAAAAUUACGGCUGGAACCGUCAGUGUACAAAGAUAAGGGAGUUGGGAAAAGACCUGAAGGGGAAGAUGUAGAAUGUGAAACGCCAAGCAAGAUAGACGAGAAAGACUUAAAAUUCCCGACAGUGAAACAACGCAUGCCCAAAGCGCUCUGGUCGACAGACGAAAAGAACCUCUUUUUCGAAGCAUUGAACGAAUACGGCAAAGAUUUUGACGCUGUAACGGCUUAUAUAUGCGCCAAGAUGAAGAAGAAAGGAAUGAACGACGCUAAUCUGAAGACGAAAACUCAAGUCAGCCAUUUUUAUUACAGAACUUGGCAUAAGUUGUCUAAACAUGUGCAAUUUGAUGAAACCGUAAAAAAAGUGGCUCAAGAACUCUACGCUUUAAUAAACUACGGGGAGCUGCGUAAAAAGCUAGCGUCUGUGAACGAGAAGACGUGCGCGCGGCUUGGCGAGCUCGUGGUAGGGGGUAGCAUGGUGGUGCGUGCGAGGGGGAGGAACCUAAGAGUCAGAACGCCCAUGUGCCGCGCUCUAAGGAAACUCAAUCAGAUUACCGAACGGGCGUGCGGCGCGCGCGUGUGCUCCCGCGCGCAGGUGGUGCUGUUCGCGCGCGACGCGGCGGCGUGGGCGCGCGUGCAGGCCGCGGCGCACAACCCGCGCGCCGCAGCCGCCGCGCCGCUGCGCACCAGGCUCGACACCUUCCUGCACGCGCUGCACAAGCGCUGGGCCCGAUACUGUAAAAGAAAACCAGUUGAGAAAGUGGAAAAUAACAUCGACGAUCUUCAGAACAAGGACCCUGAGGAUUAUCAAGAGCUUAGGCAGUGCGCCGAAGAAGAGGAAAAAGACGAGCUCGAGGACCAUCUAGGGUUGGAGCCUGAUAAAAUGAUUACACAAGAACAGAAACUGCCUAAAAAAUCUGUGCUCCACGUUGGUCCUCGAACGAACGCAGAGAUCCACAUUCCUGUAGUGAGUCCAAGCGAACAGCUCUCCAGCCAAAAGAUUUGUUUCUCGUCUUAUUUGGAAAGAAUGCGUGGAGACAAAGACGGUGGAGCCGCUAAGAUCCGCACACCAAAACGCCAACGUAAAGACAGCACAACUGAAAAGGACAAAGAACUUGAACCAAAAAAACUGAAACUCGACGACGAUGCGAAGUUAAUGAACAUCGAUGAAACCGCCAUUGAUGGUAUAGAGUUGAUGGCCAGCUUUAAACCGAUUGAUGAUGAGGAGAAGCCCAGCACGGAGGAUGAGAAGGAGGGAAAGUUUGAAGAGGUUGUUGAGGAAGAAGUGGAGAUACCCGAAAGGGAAAAAGAUCUAUCCGAGAAGGAGAAAGACAGCUUCUCGGAGAUGGAGGACGACGAGAAAUACAACAAAAGCGACACAGACAACGAAAGCGACCAUGGCAAGGACAAGGUUGGGAAGGAGAGCAAGUUUAAAAAUCUUAAGGUAAAGUUCAGAGUACGCCCGAAAAAUGGUCCCCGCGGCGGCAGCACCUACGCUGUAGUCCUCGAUAAGGAGCAAGAUGAAGCGAAGUCUGAGGAGCCUUCAAAAGAGGAGGAGAAACCCGACAUCGAUCUGGACUUGGCCAUGCGGCAGAUCCGGAAGGGCUGGAGUGUCUAUGAUGCUGGUGAUCUUACUAUUGGAGACUUAUAUUUGAUGUUCGGCUCUCGGUCCAAGCUGGAACUGGACUACUGGUGGGCAGAACCCACCCCUCCUUUACCCAAGACGGUGGACAUCCCUCUGUUAGACAAGGAGAAGAAAGAGAAGGCAGAUAAAACUCCCGAUAAGGAGAGUGCCGAUGACAUCGACAAGCGCGAGAGUGACACUGAUAUUUUCUCGCCAAAGAACACAUUCAGUCAGGAUAGCAAUGAUGGAUUGUCCGGUGAUGAACGGAAAAGUGAACAGUUAGCGUCGCCAGAUCACAAAUCGUCGUCGAACACCACCGCCACUCUCAAGUUGGUGAACAAACUGGUGAACAGGCCAGGUCCUACUGUCACCACUGCACAGAAUGGAUUCGCACAGCUGAGCGACAGGUUAAAACGCCUCCUGGCGCUGGUGGGCAACACACACAUGAACGCGGGCAGCGGGGCGACGAUCGCGCGCUGCAGCUGCGGCCACGUCUGUGCGCAGCAGAGGAAACAGGCCCAGAAGCAAACGUGUGUCUCUUCGCCAUUGCCGGUCAAGGCGGAGGAAGCCACAGCUGUGUUCAGACACCCGACACCUAUCGCACCUAGGAUUGAAAACGAAUGCGCGAAACCUAUGACCCUGGAGGGGCUCCCACGCUGGCGCCGCGGCCGGCCGCGUCUCACCGACCGGCGCGUCGUCGUGCAGCGCCUGCUGCCGCUGCUGCCGAAGCUGCCUCCACCCAGCAAUUUAAUACCAGUGAAGAUAGUACCGAAUUCGCCGCCCCCGCCACCUCGUAUAUUACCCAAACCUCCUUUUACCACCACAUCUGACCUGUCUCUAUUCUACGUGCUGAGCGAGUCGAAUGGGCAGUUCUUCUUCCACGACGGCGACCGCAAGAUUCCCAUCUCGCCACCACCCAACAACAAUGGCGCCCAUCACGUCCACGAAGAGGAAGAAAUCAAAGACGAAGACGAUACGAAAGACAUAAAAGCAGAGAGCUUCUCCGACGUACACUCCAGCUACAGCGCCAAAGAGUCUGAACAAGGAGACGUCAGGGAAAGUGAAAAAACCACCAGCGCAGAUAUUGCCAACUUCCUGCCGUCGGAGUCAAUGUCGCUGUCACCGUCGCGGCUGCUGCGCGAAUCGGAGGGCGAGUGGCUGGAGGGCGGAGUGCACGAUUUCUCGUUGUCCUCCUUCCUGCACCACCUCGAUUCGAACUGCGAGCGCCCGCCUGACCUUGCCGUGGACUCCCAACUGCAGUCACUAAUGGCCGAGUCGAGUGUGGACUACGUGGCUAAGUUUGCGGACCUGGCGGCCGAGGUCACCAACGAACCGGACCCCACUGACGACCUUACUUGACCACCAAGUCUCUGAUGCUAUUGCGUAGUGUAAAGACCUUAAAGUUCGUAGUACUUUCUACAUUAUAUUAAUUUGCCCUUUGACAGCUCGGCUCCUGUGACGGUAGCAAAGGAGAAGUCAUGUUAUUUAUUAUGUUAAUCAUUGUUUCGACCUCGGCGACCCGGCGGUUUGCACUGUGGACGCUGAACGUGGAGGUCCCAAGGGGUUUACUACCGUUCUUCGUCUGACAUCCGUCCGAAACAAUUCAAGGUCAAGUCAAAAUCAAAUAAACAUUUAUUCCAUAAGUAAAAUUUUAACACUUGUAAACGUCAUUUUUUAAGCUACUGCUCGUUCACUGUGCCAACUUCC